AUGUCGGACACGAACGGCUCGCCGAAGACGCCGGAGCUGCUAUGGAGGCCCAGACGGGCCGGAAAGACGCCAAUGGAUGAAUACAGACGGCACGUCAACCACAGAUUCUCCCAAAAUCUGAGAACGACGCGAGAGUUGCAUCGAUGGAGCGUGCAACACCCACAGGACUUCUGGAUAGAUUUAUACGAUUACCUUCGCUUCACACCCAAGCUACCGCGCGGCAUGACCAAAGCCUAUGAUGACAGCGUACCUAUGAGUUCGAACCCGCCUUUCUUUCCUGGACUACGAAUGAACUAUGCUGAGAACGCUAUGUUCGCUAAUCCUGAUUCAGAUGCCAUUGCUCUUGUGGGUAUCAGAGAAGGCAUGGAUCUCAAUCGCGAAGACGGCGAGCAACUCACUUGGCGAGAGUUUCGAGACAGAGUCCGGUUGACGGCCAGCGCGAUGCGACAUUGUGGCGCAAAGCAAGGCGAUCGAGUCGCCGCGUUAGUAGCGACCUCGAUUUGGGCUAUGGUACUUUUCCAUGCAAGUGCUGCGAUAGGCGCAAUCUUCACCUCGAUCAGCCCCGAACUCGGUCUCGAAGGCUGCGUUUCUCGGUUACAGCAAGUUACGCCGAGCAUUCUGUUUGCCGAUAGCGACACGGUCUACAAAGGCAAGGCCGUAAAUAUCACAGCCAAGACCAAGCAGAUACUCGACCGGCUUAGUCCGAGACCGCAGACGUAUAUCAUUCCGAUAGUGUCAAAGCCAACAGACUUCGCUUCAAUCGACGACUUCCUCAACAAGGCCAAUCAGUCUGAGCCACUGACCUUCGCCCCAACUUCGUUCAACGAUCCAUUGAUGAUCUGCUACAGCUCAGGCACAACCGGCGCACCGAAAUGCAUAGUCCACCGCCACGGCAUGAUCAUUCAGAUGAAGAAGAUCUCCGCGAUUCACAACAGCACUACCACCGCCGACGUGAUACUCCAGUAUUCCUCAACCUCCUGGGUCGUCUUUUACGUCAUGUGCGGAUACUUUGCGUGCGGCGCAAAGACGGUCGUCUAUAACGGCAGCCCAAUGUAUCCGGACGCCAAGCAACUGCUACGGAUGGUCGAGAAGUACAAAGUAACGUACUUUGGAACGUCGCCGAGAUACUUGCUUGAAGUGGAGAUGUCGAAGACAAUGCCAAAGCAUGAGCUGGAUCUGUCUUCUCUCCGUAUAGUGUAUACUACAGGCGCCACGCUUUCCGCGGAGCAGUAUCGAUGGUUCUACUCCGCCUUUCCACCGGACGUCCACCUUUGCAACACCGCUGGAGGCACUGACACAGCAACUUCACUGAUUGCUGCUGAUCCUUGCGGACCUAUACAUGCUGGCGAGAUGCAGAUCUUCGGUCUCGGAAUGGAUGUUGACGUUGCAGAUCCUGUGACGGGAGAGUCAAUGUUGCAGACUGGGGAAGCAGGUGAGAUGGUUGUCCGAAAACCAUUUCCGAGUAUGCCUUGCUUUUUCUGGGGCGACGAAGGGAACAAGAAGUACCGUGAGAGCUACUUUGAGAGGUUUGACAAGUUUGAUAUGUGGGCGCAGCAUGACUGGCUGAGCUCUAAUCCCACGACAGGCGGGCUAGUUAUGCAUGGUAGGAGUGACGGUGUACUGAACCCGUCAGGCAUUCGCUUCGGCAGCGGCGAAAUCUACGCUAUCGUCGAAGCUGCGCCCCUCAACAGCCGCAUUUCAAACAGUCUGUGCGUCGGUCGACGGCGCCCGCAAGACCACGACGAGGACGUCUUCCUCUUCCUCGUCAUGUCGCCACCUAAUCAGCUAACGCCGGAGUUCCGAGCGCAAGUCAAGGCCGCCAUACGCCAAGCCCUCUCGCCACGGCAUGUGCCAAAGUUCGUACUCCAGGUGCCAGAUAUACCAGUCACGAUCAAUGGCAAGAAGGUCGAGACCGCAGUCAAGCAGGUCUUGUCGGGUAAGGAGGUGAAAGCGAGUAAUACUGUGCUUAACCCAGAAACCAUCGGGUUCUUUAAACGGUUUCAGGAUCUGGAAUCAGAGCCUAAGGCAGCUAAGCUGUAAAUGUAUGCGCUUUCCCUAUGCUAGAUGAUUGGGAAGUGUGUCGCAGCAGCCACAGGCAGACUCUAAACUGGCCGCUCAUUACUAGAUCCGAUAUCAGAGUUCUCCUCAACCGAUAUUAACAGGCUGCGCUCCGGCUUUGGGCACAUGUCCACUAUUGGCACAAAGCCCAUCGCAACGGAGUGCGAAAGCAGACAAGUCAAGGCGAAUGAGCUCGCAAGACUCGAGAUGGAUGGAUUGUGGCGGCCUCACCUGUAUACUACGUAGCGACUACGUCCGAGGCUGGGUAUGCCAUACCUAACCUGCAGGCGCACAGCUGCAGAGCAAGCUUAGCUGACACGAAUUCAGUUCUUGGACAGCGCUGUGCUCUGUCUACUUCGUGGGGCGGCGCUCGAGGACAUGCUACUCAUUCGAUGUCACAUGCUGUCCGUGAAUGUGAUGUGAUGCUUCUCGUACGUGGACUGAAC